AUGAAGGAAGACGAUCAGCCACCAGGAACCGGAAAUGCUAACAAAAGCAGCAAACAGUCUUUGUGCAGUUGUGGUUUUUCUACAUUUUCACGCGUAGACCUUAACUCGUUCAGCUGUAACACCCUUUCGGUGUCUAGCUGCCAUUCCACCCGAAGGAAGCACGAGGACUGGGAUACUGCCAGGUUACCCAAGCCUAGACAGGGGAUGUCGAGUGGCGGAGGUCGAAUUCGAACCACGGACCUUCCGGUCAAUCGUUCAGUUGUAGUACCCUUUCGGUGCCUAGCUGUCACGCACCACGAAGGAGGCACGAGGGCUGGGAUACUGCCAGGUCGCCCAAGCCUAGACAAGAGAAGUCGAGAGGCAGAGAUCGGGUUCGAACCACAGAUCUUCCAGUCAGUAAAGUCGCGCUAUAACCACUUGGUACAACUCGCCCCGUUGCUUGUGUUAACUAAGGCCGAUAAAAUUUUUAUGCGUAGCUCAUCGGCAGUGCAUACCCAGUGCCCUUGCAGGGGUUUGAACUCCGGACAUCUGACAUUCGAGGCAUCGGGCGUUCCGCUCACAUCCCUUAAGCGCGAACAUGUUCACGUAAAAAUCUGGAUGAGUUAG